AGAACGCACUCCCCUCCUGCUCCCGCCAAGCUCGCUCGCGCGUCUCCGGUCCUGCCCAUGCACGGCAGCAUAAUCAGGGGCACGAAGACGAAGACGGAGGCCUGCGCCGGCCAGUUUCUGGUUGCCACGAUCGGCGGAGGCAGCGUCGCCGCGGCGCAAAUGGCCCGGCCGCAGCAGCGGUACCGCGGCGUGCGGCAGCGCCACUGGGGCUCCUGGGUCUCCGAGAUCCGCCACCCUCUCCUGAAGACGCGGAUAUGGCUGGGCACCUUCGAGACGGCGGAGGACGCGGCGCGGGCGUACGACGAGGCGGCGAGGAUCAUGUGCGGCCAGCGCGCGCGCACCAACUUCCCCGCCGCCACCGGCAGCGUCUCCUCCUCCGCGGCCGUGGCGUCCUCGUUCCUCUCCGCCGCCCUCGUCGCGAAGCUGCACCGGUUCAACAUGGCGUCCGUGCAGGCCGCGCAGCGGCAGAGGGAGGCCGCCGCGGCCUCGGCCUCGGCGGCGGCUGCCACAGCGGCCGCAAUGCCGCCGGGCGCCGCCCACGCGGGGCCGACGCUGCCGUCGUCGACGGGGUGGGUCGGGACGCUCCUCGAGGAGAAGCACGUGGAGCAGAUGAUCGCGGAGCUGCUCGACUCCGACUUCUCCAUGGAGAUCUGCCAUUAGCCAAGCCAGCCAUGGAGCGUGCCCUGCUUCCUCUGCCUCUGCAUACUCCUCUCUGUGUUCUUGGCGCGAACGACCGAUCACCGGUCACCGCGCGGGUCUAGUGUAGCGUAGCGUAGUGUAGUAGCUGCAUAUUACAGUCAGUGAGCUAUGUGAUGUGACCACCGGAGAAGAGCUCGUAUUAGUUCGGCCAAGAGUUCUUCUACGCUAGUGAUCGUACAGCAUAACUGUACCUCGUAUUUAGCAUCUAUAUAUCCAUUUAGCAUCUAUAUAUCCAAAGCCUAUACACCC